UGCAUAAUUUGUGCCUGUACUCCUUACAAUGCAUACUGCACCUGAAAACCAUGUAAUCAUGAUUCUAAGUCAAAGAUCUAUGAAUAGAUAACAUAACCAGAAACACCCAGAGAACUCUUUCUCACGCGAUCCCUUCCUACACACGCAUGCACGCACACACACACACGCUCACACACUCACACACACACACACACAUACACACACAUACAUAUACUUCCUCUCACACCAUUCUACAGGCAGCAGCAGCAGAGAUCCCGUGCCUGAAGCAGCAGGAACAAGAUGUCUGCUCCAACUUUUGCAGCAAACAUAAAGUCCAACAUGGAGCGGGGCAUAGAAAUGAAGGAUGAGGAGAAGCUUUACAAGCGAGACGGGAUCCUCUACUCCACGAUCAUGAGCCCACCAGAGAACCUAGAUGCCCUUAAGGACCUGGAGGCCAGGGAGGAUGAUGUCAUGCUGGUAGCAUAUCCCAAAUGUGGCUGUAACUGGAUGGUAGGAGUGUUGAGGAAAAUUAUGACUACAUGUGGAUACACUCUCUCUGAAAGGCCCCCUCUGAUCGAGUUCCACUCUCCAGACGCACAGAAGAGUGCAGCCCAGAUGCCAUCCCGGCGUUUUUUUGCGACUCAUUUGCAUCCUGAUUACAUCCCUCUUUCAUUUAAGACCAAUAAAACAAAGAUGUUGGUGGUGUUUCGAAACCCCAAAGACACCGUCGUCUCUUAUUACCAUUUCAUGAACAAAAACCCAGUGCUGCCCAAAGCCGAGUCCUGGGAUAAAUUCUUCUCUGACUUCAUGUCCGGUGAAGUGGGCUGGGGUUCAUAUUUUGACCACGCCCUGGCCUGGGAGAAACACAUGGACAACCCUAAUGUGUUGAUUGUGACCUACGAGGAGUUAAAGGAGAACCUUAAUGAGGGUGUAAAGAAAAUCACAGACUUCUUCAGCUUCCGUCUGACAGAUGAACAGGUCAUGGUGAUUGCCGGAGAGAGCACAUUCAGUGCCAUGCAGUCAAGCUCUAUAUCUUCUCAUGGAAAGUUUGGCAACGUCUUUUUCCGAAAAGGUGAGGUAGGAGACUGGAAGAACCACUUCAGCGAGGCUCAGAGUAAGCAGAUGGAUGAAGAGUUCAAGAAGAAACUAUCAGGAACCAAACUGGCAGCCAAACUUAAAUACGAGCAGUACUGUCAGUGAUCUGAAAUAAUAAACACUCUGAAAUCACAACAGUGAUUUUUAGGCAUAAAUAAUUAACACAUUGCACUUUGAGCUCACAUACAGUAUAUUAAUUAAUUUAAACUCCAAUAUACUGUGGUAGAUAGCUAAAAUGACAAUAACUCAAUAGUUUGCACAGUGACUUAGGACUGUCACUGUCCUAAUCUUUAUGUACCUGACUGUGUAUAAGAUGGUUAUCACAUCUGGACCACUCCAUGCUAUAUAUACACCAUUAUCCUGAUUUUUAUUGUUGCUUCUUCCAGUCCAACAUGGCUGACAGUGACAGAUGCAGCAUGUCUCAGGCAUUUCUGUCUACAUUUUCUACAGAAAUACUCAACUCAAAUAAAAAAAGACUGUAGCA